AUGGAGCCGCGCUCGCUGCGCUCGGGGGCGCGGGGAUGCGGCGCGGGACCCCGGCAGCUGCUCCUGCUGCUGCUGCUGCUGGCGCAGGUGGGCACCUGCGUGCGCUGCGCCCCGGAGCCCCGGCGCCACGCGUCCUCCCCUGCCAGCCGGCUGGGUGGAGAAGGGAGCAGCGACGGCUUCUGCCUCCUGCGCCUCUUCCACACAUUGAAGACCCCAGACUCGGCCUCGCCUGACCUCGAGUACGACCUGGUGAGCCCCUAUGAGGUGGACCCCGCGGGCGCCUUCGUGUCCCACGAGGUGGCGCACCCCCAGCGCAGGAGGAGGAGGCUGGCGCGGCGCGGGCCGGACGCGCUCCACCUGCGGCUCUCGGGCUUCCAGCGGGAUUUCCACCUGGACCUGAAGGCGGCCAGCGGCCUGGUGGCCCCGGGGCUGCGGGUGCAGAGGCUGGGCCCCGGGGGCCGGCGCUCCGCCCGGGCCCUCCCGCCCGACCAGCUCUGCUUCUACCAGGGCUCCCUGCGGGCGCACAGCAACUCCACCGUGGCCCUGUCCACCUGCACCGGGCUGUCAGGCCUCAUCCGGACCCCCGAAGCCGACUACUUCCUGACGCCCCUCCCCGAACACCUGGCCUCAGGGGGGCCCGGGUCCCCCUCCCACGUCCUCUACAAGCGCUCCACAGCCCCGCAGGCCCCGCGGACACGGCCCCCCGAAGACCCGAAGCUCCAGGGCAGCUUCAGCCCGCGGCCCCCCAGGCCACACUUCUGCGGACGGCGCCGGAAGUACACGCCCCAGCCUCCCCCCAAGGAUGUCUUCCUCCUGCCCGAUGAGUACGCGCCCCUCCCCCGGCCCAGGCGCGCCCUCCCGCGGGCCCACGAAGAGCACCACGUGGAGACGCUGGUUGUGGUCGACAAGGAGAUGGUGCGGAACCAUGGCCAGGAGAACGUCACCACCUACGUGCUGACCAUCCUCAACAUGGUGUCGGCUCUGUUCAGGGACGGGAGCAUCGGCGGCAACGUCAACAUCGCCGUCGUCGGGCUGAUUCUUCUGGAAGAGGAGCAGCCGGGGCUGGCCAUCAGCCACCACGCAGACCACACCCUGAGCAGCUUCUGCCAGUGGCAGUCGGGCCUGCAGGGGACACACGGCCGGCGGCACGACCACGCCAUCCUGCUCACGGGCCGGGACAUCUGCGCCUGGAGGAACAGCCCCUGCGACACGCUGGGCCUGGCGCCCAUCAGGGGGAUGUGCAGCAAGUACCGCAGCUGCACGGUGAACGAGGACACGGGCCUGGGGCUGGCUCUCACGGUGGCGCACGAGUCCGGGCACAACUUCGGCAUGCUCCACGACGGGGAGGGCAACGUGUGCAGGAGGUCUGAGGGCAGCAUCAUGUCCCCCACCCUGGCCGGCCGCAACGGGGUCUUCUCCUGGUCGCCCUGCAGCCGCCAGGACCUGCACCGAUUCCUGAGCUCCGCCCAAGCCCUGUGCCUGGCCGACCAGCCUCAGAGUGUGCAGGAGUACAAGUACCCAGAGAAGCUUCCGGGCGAGCUGUACGACGCGGACACACAGUGCAAGUGGCAGUUUGGAGCGAAGGCCAAGGUCUGCCUGCCGGGGUUCAAAAAGGACAUCUGCAAGGCCCUGUGGUGCCAUCGGACUGGAAGGAAGUGUGAGACGAAGUCCAUGCCCGCGGCAGAGGGCACCAGCUGCGGGCACGGCAUGUGGUGCCGAGGUGGGCAGUGCGUGAAGCGCGGUGGUGGGGGCCCCCGGCCUGCCCACGGCCACUGGUCCCCCUGGUCCCCCUGGUCGCCCUGCUCCAGGACCUGCGGAGGGGGCGUCUCUCACAGAGACCGCCUCUGCUCGAACCCCAGGCCGUCUCCCGGAGGGAAGCCCUGCGAGGGCGCGUCCCGGGCCCUGGCGCUCUGCAACCGUGAGCCCUGCCCCCCGGGCAGCGCCGACUUCCGGGCCCUGCAGUGUGCAGAGCACGACAGGAGGCAGUUCCGGGGGUGGCGCUACAGGUGGAAGCCCUACACCCAGGUGCCAGAUCAGGACUCAUGCAAGCUCUACUGCAUCGCAGAAGGAUUUGAUUUCUUCCUUUCGAUGUCAAAUAAGGUUAAAGACGGGACCCCCUGCUCGGAGGGUCGCCGUGACGUGUGCGUGGACGGGAGGUGUGAGAGAGUGGGCUGCGACCACGUGCUGGGGUCCGACGCUGUGGAGGACGCUUGUGGCGUGUGCAAGGGAGAUAACUCGGGGUGCACGACACACAGGGGUCUCUACGCUGAGCAGCCGCGUGAGCACGAGUACUCGCAGGUGCUGGAGAUCCCUGCAGGCGCCCGGAGCAUCCGCGUCUACGGGCUGAACGCCUCCAGCUCUUCCCUGGCCGUGCGCAGUGCCCGCCACGGGUACCACCUCAACGGGCACUGGGCGCUGGCCUGGCCUGGCCGCUACACGUUUGCGGGCACGACCUUUGACUACGGGAGGCCCCGCGGGGGGCCAGAGAGCUUGAGCGCCCCGGGGCCGACCAACGAGACGCUGAUAGUGGAGCUGCUGCUCCAGGGCAGAAACCCAGGCAUCGGCUGGGAGUACUCGGUGCCCCGGGUCCAGGGAGGGACACUCAGCGCCCAGCACAGCUACUCCUGGGUCCUGGUGCCCUCCGCGUGCUCCGUGUCCUGCGGGGGAGGGCACCUGACCACGCAGGAACGCUGCUACCAGGACCUGAGGGCCCCGGUGGACGCAUCCCUCUGCAACCCCGCCACGCGGCCAGCGGCGGGCGUGCUGCCCUGCGGGAACUCCGCCUGCCCCCCCAGCUGGUCCCUGGGGAGCUGGAGCGCCUGCAGCCGGACGUGCGGCGGGGGCACGCAGAGCCGCGCCGUGGACUGCGCGCGCCGCGCCCAGCGCCAGCUGCAGCCGCUGCCCGCCGGCCUGUGUCCGCAGCCCGCGCCCUCCCGGAGACGCGCCUGCCAGGCGCACAGCUGUCCACCCGUUUGGGGCACCGGGCCCUGGGCAGAGUGCUCGCGGCCCUGCGGGAAGGGCUGGCGGAAGCGGACCGUGGCCUGCAGGAGCUCCGACCCCUCCUCGCCCGAGGACGCGCUGCUGCCCGACGCCCUCUGCGCCCCGCUGCCCAGGCCCAGCGCCCAGGAGCCCUGUGUGCGCAGACGCUGCCCCAGGCCCAAGAAGCUGCAGUGGCUGGUGUCCGCCUGGUCCCAGUGCUCCGUCUCCUGCGGCUCGGGGACCCAGAGGCGCGUCCGCAGGUGUGCUGAGAAGUACGUGUCCGGGAAGUACCGCGAGCUGCCGGCGGAGAGCUGCGGGCCCCUGGCGCCACCCGCCCUGGAGCUGGAGCGAGCCUGCGGCGCCGGCCCCUGCUCCGCGCCGGCCCCAGGCGGGGGGCCCUUGCAGGCCGCCUGGCUCGCCUCCCCCUGGUCCCAGUGCUCUGCCAGCUGCGGGGGCGGCGUGCGGACGCGGUCAGUGCAGUGCCUGCGGGGCGGCCGGCUGGCCCCCGACUGCCCCCUGCCCCACAGGCCCGCAGCCUCCCUGGCCUGCAACACGCACUUCUGCCCCGUGGCCAGGAGGAGGGGUGCCCGCUGCCAAGACCUCUCCCGCGGGUGCCCGCUGGUGCCCCUCCGCGGCAUGUGCGCCCACCGGGCCUACGGGCGGCAGUGCUGCUGGACCUGCUCCAGGCCUGACGCAUGAGCGGGGACGGUGCGGCCGCACGCGGGAGUGCACAGCCCCUGCCCGACACCUCUGGGGGGCGCCGUCCUGCCUGAGCCGGGGCUGCUCUGGAGAGGAGACGCGGCGUCUGCGAGUCUGUGGCGAG